AUGAAUCCAACAUAUAGUGAUAGUACUCGAAGCACCCAAAUCCUGACCAAAAAGAUUAAACUUGAAAACAAGAUAGAACCUCAUAUAUUGGUUAAAAAUCAUAUAUCAAGAAUUUUUAAAAAUCAUAAAAUAUUUGCGGUUUCCUUCCAAUACGAUGAUGAAAAUUCCGAAAAAACUGUUCUUAAACAACCUUACUGUUCUAAUGGUUUCGCUGCUGCCAUUCUACAUGCCUAUAAUUAUCAUAAACAUUUACGUUUAAGCCCUGAUGAUAUUUGGCUUACAAUUUCUCAAGGUGUUAGUCGUCAUAUUAAUUAUAAUUCUGAAAAAUUUCGUAAUAAAUUUGUUAGAAAGGGAUUAAUUUCAGUUUUUGUUGGAGAUAUCAUAUCCGAAGGUACUCUUGAAGGAAAUUGGCCAGAAGUUGUAAACAGACUUGUUACGAAAACUGAUGAGCGUAUGGGAAAAAUAGAUUUGAAAGAAUUAUUAGAAUGUAAUUUUUCAACAACAACUUCAAGUUCUUUAGUAGCAAGUCGUAUUGUAUUAUUAGAUAAGGUUAAGUCUUACUUUAAUUAUAAAUUACGUUUUCGAUGUGGAAUUCCAAAAAUUACACUUGAAGGAACACUUCAAGAUUGGGCAAAGCUUCAAGAAAAAGUUGUUCAAUUAAGAAAAUUGAAUUUAGAAUUAGAUUUUUGGUUAGAUCGCCUUGAACCUGUAAUUUGGAAUUUAAUAGCAACUUAUCUUGGUGAGGUUGAUGAAGAUUUUUGGGGUAGAAUUGUAAAAAUAGAUAAAGUAUUUGGUUCUGGUAGUGGCACUUUUAUCACAGGAUGGAUGUUGGCUUUCUUUCCUUAUAAUCGAACGGGAUAUCCUAUACAGCACGAUAGGUUAGAACUUUCUGAUAUUCCUAAUGGUAGUAUUGAGGUUCCUUUUACCACAGAUAUUGGAUUAAAAUUAAAAUUUACAGCUGGAUUUUUUGGUGCCAGUCAAGACAUUCUCGAAGAUUCAAUUAGUGAAUCUGUUGUUUCUCCUGUGAUUGGGUGGUCCUUUAUUGAUGACAUAAAAAAGGAUUCAUCUAGCAAGAGAAUUUAA